GGCUCCCUUUGCCGGGACCGGUUGUGGAUUGCGCACCACGUUACAAGCUGCAGGGACGCCGUACACUUGACGGGCUUCCGGGAUUCGUCCAGAGGCGGCGACACUUUGCAGACGUCCCCGGGCACGAGAAUCUGCUGUCCAUCCUGUUUAGGAUGGGUGUGAAGAAGAAAAGAGAAAUGCAGUUUGCUGUACUGACUAUCUGUCAUCAGGAUCUGGAAACUUUGAGAUCUUUUGCUGAUGCCGAAGGGAAAAAUCUAGCUUCUUUGCUGUUACAUUGUGUACAGCUCAGAGAUGGAGUGUUACAAAUCCACUCCCUUAAACAGAUUGUGCCUUUCCUGGAAAAUGUUGAUAAAAACAACAUAUGCGAUCCUACUAUUCAAAGUUGUUUGGAUAUUUUAGCAGGCAUUUAUUUUUUCUUGACUCUGAAGAACCCCUUGAAGAAAGUUUUGGCAAGCUCACUCAAUGGCCUACCUGAGUCUUUUGUAACUCAGGCUACAUACAGUUUUAUUCUUCGUCUUCAAGAAGAAUUAGAUACUGCUGACUUAUAUUCUUAUAGAAAAGUAAUCGAUAACAUAUCUUCCUGCAUGGAGAACUUUAACCUGGGUAGAGCAAGUGUUGUUUAUCUACUUAAAGAUGUGCUUCGUUUUCUGCAGAAGAGUUUAAUUGAAAUCCUGGAAGAAAACAGAAAAUUUCCUGGAAAUCAUAUUGUUCAAACACAGUUGAUGAAUGAUUUGCUGGUAGGUGUUAGGGUUACCAUGACAUUAGUACAGAAAGUACAAGGGCCUCAGAGUGACCUGUGGAAUGAUUCCAGCUCCUCCAUCUGGAAAAGUAUGUGUGGCUUGCUGAGCAUUUUCACCGAUUUUGUAAGUGAUGAUGACCUACUGCAGACUCUUCAGAGUACAUCUGGAUUAGCUGUGGUUCUUUUCAUUAAGGCCAUGUUCCGACCAUCUGAAAAGCUUCCUGGAUUGAUCAGCAGCUUGCUUCUCCAGUCAGCUGACUGCACCAGGAUCCCUAAGUGGCUCAAGUGUAGCUGUGGGAGCCUUUUCUGUGCUGAUGUGCCAGCCUCAACUCUCUUAUUCCUGUGUCAUGGAACACUUGCUAUGCUGGACUGGCAGGAUGGGAGCAUGGGCCCAAGCGGGGAGGCUUUGCUCUUGGAUACUGUGCAUGUUUUGUUCACCUUGAGUUCACAGAUUAAGGAGUCAACACUAGAAAUGUUCCUGUCUAGAACCUUGGCAUCUUGGACCAAUUCAGCCAUACAAAUCCUUGACUCAAGUUCCCUAAGCUUAAAGGACCAUCUGAAUGGGGAUUCAAGCAUACCUAGGAGACUUCUGGAAUAUGUCUAUACACACUGGGAACAUCCACUGGAUGCUCUGAGACACCAAACCAAAAUCAUAUUCAGAAAUCUUUUGCAAAUGCACCGGCUCACUAUGGAGGGGCCAGAUUUAGUCACUGACCCCUUCUUUCUGGAGUUGACUAAGAGUCUUCUGCAGUUGGAAUGGCAUAUUAAAGGGAAGUAUGCUUGCCUUGGCUAUUUGGUUGAGAGUCUUGGAAUUGAGCAUAUUUUGGCAAUAGAUAAAACUAUUCCAUCUCAAAUCCUAGAGGUAAUGGGAGACCAGUCAUUGGUACCUUAUGCAAGUGACCUCUUGGAAACCAUGUUUAAAAAUCAUAAGAGCCAUUUGAAGUCCCAAGCCGUCACCAAUACCUGGAUGGACAAGUGGCAUGAGACUUGGGUUUUUCCUGUCCUUUCUGUCCUAUGUGGAGGAAACUUGGAUCAGAGGUCUUAUGUGAUUGACUAUUACUUGCCAAGGUUACUGAAUUACAGCCCCGAGAGCCUGCACUACAUGGUGCAGAUUCUUCAGGCAUCCAUUAAUACUGAAACUGGGUCUUGUAAUCACAGAGGGGCUCUGGGAGCUUUGAUGGCAUGUUUACGAACAGCUAGAGCUCAUGGACAUCUUCAGUCUGCAACUCAAGCCUGGGAGACCCUUGUGUGUAGUGCAAGGGUAAAGCAAGGCUUAAUUCACCAACACUGCCAAGUGCGGAUAGAUACUCUAGGCUUGCUUUGUGAAAGUAAUAGAAGCACAGAAGUGGUUUCUACAGAAGAAAUGCAGUGGAUUCAGUUCUUCCUUACUUACAAUCUCAACAGCCAGUCUCCAGGGGUGCGACAGCAGAUUUGCUCGCUCCUUAAGAAGUUGUUUUGUAGGAUACAAGAAAGUUCUCAGGUACUUUAUAAAUUGGAGCAAAGGAAAUCCACACCUGACGCCGAGAACUGGCCCAUCAGAGAGCAGCCUUCUGUUUCUUUACAGCGGUAUAAGAAUUUCAUGUCAUCUGUUUGCAACAUUCUUUUUGAAGCAUUGUUUCCUGGAUCUUCCUACUCAACUAGAUUUUCAGCUUUAACCAUUUUAGGAUCAGUAGCUGAAGUGUUUCCUGUUUCAGAAGGUAACAUCCAAACAGUGUAUCAACUGAGUCAUGAUAUCGACGCUGGCCGUUUCCAAGUACUUCUGGAGUGUUUUACUAGUACUUUUGAAGAAGUGAAAACCUUAGCAUUUGAUCUUCUGAUGAAGCUGUCAUCAGUAACAACUGGACAGUUCCAGGAUUCUGAGAAACUGCAAGACCUGUUCCAGGCAGCGCUGGAGCUUAGCACCAGCACCAAACCUUAUGACUGUGUGACAGCCUCCUACCUGCUGAACUUGCUGAUAUGGCAAGAUGCUCUACCGGCCUCCCUGUCUGCCUCUUCAGCACAACAGCUUACACGUGGAGCUGGAGAGAAGUCUGCUGUGGUGGAAAGGAACACAUUAGUGGUUAUUAAAUGCUUGAUGGGAAACCUUGAGGAUGAAAUAUCUCAAGCUGAGAACUCUCUGCUUCAGGCUGCGUCUUCAUUUCCAAUGUACGGGAGAGUCCACUGUAUAACAAGAGCUUUUCAGAAGCUUCCUCUAAAGAACCUACAGCUCGUGAGCGAGUGGAGGCCAGUGCUGGGGAAGCUGCUGCUGCUGUCCUACAGGCUCUCCACUGUGGUGUCUCCUGUCAUCCAAAGCUCCUCCCCUGAAGGCCUCAUCCCAAUGGACACUGACUCAGAGUCAGCAAGCCGCUUGCAAGUCAUUCUCAAUGAGAUUCAGCCACGGGAUACUAAUGAUUACUUCAACCAAGCCAAAAUACUGAAAGAAUGUGAUAGCUUUGAUUUGGAGGACUUGAGUACCAGUGUCUCAAAUAUUGAUAGUUCUGCAGAAAUUAAGGGAAAAGAAGAAAAAGCGUGUGACGUAACUGCUCAGAUGGUCCUCGCGUGCUGCUGGAGGAGCAUGAAGGAAGUGGCUUUACUCCUCGGCACGCUCUGCCAGCUUCUCCCUGUGCAGCCCGUGCCAGAGUCUUCUAAUGGGGUAUUAACCGUGCAGCAGGUUAAAGAAAUAGGAGAUUACUUUAAACAACACCUUUUGCAGUCCAGACACAGAGGAGCAUUUGAACUGGCUUAUACUGGUUUUGUGAAACUCACUGAAAUAUUAAACAGGUGCUCUAAUGUGAGUCUGCAAAAGCUUCCGGAGCAGUGGUUGUGGAAUGUUUUGGAGGAAAUUAAAAGCAGUAAUCCUUCAUCCAAACUCUGUGCUACAAGGCGUAGUGCUGGACUUCCUUUCUACAUACAGGCAUUGUUGGCAUCUGAACCAAAGAAGGGUAGAACAGACUUGUUGAAAAUAACUAUGGGGGAGCUGAUCUCCUUGGCUUUGUCUGCAGAUGACUCAAAGGGCAGAGUCCCCCAGGUUCAUGCUUUAAAUAUCCUCAGAGCUUUGUUCAGAGAUACACGUCUGGGAGAAAACAUUAUUCCUUAUGUUGCUGGUGGAGCAAAGGCUGCAAUUCUGGGCUUUACAUCACCUGUCUGGGCAGUGAGAAAUUCAUCCACACUUCUCUUUAGUUCCUUGAUCACAAGAAUUUUUGGAGUUAAGAGGGGAAAAGAUGAACUUUCCAAAACAAAUAGUGAACUGGGAGAGCCUGAUCGACACCCUGGCAUGUUCCUCUUACUCCUGGUGUUGGAGAGACUCUACCCAUCUCCAAUGGAUGGCACGUCGUCUGCACUCAGCUUGGCCCCUUUUGUUCCGUUCAUUAUCAGGUGUGGUCGCUCACCUAUUUACCGCUCCCGUGAAAUGGCAGCUCGUGCAUUGGUCCCCUUCAUUAUGAUAGACCAAAUACCAAGUACCGUCCAUGCUCUGCUGGAUUCACUUCCCAACAGCACUGACCAGUGUUUCCGACAAAACCAUAUUCAUGGGACGCUUCUGCAAGUUUUUCAUUUGUUACAAGCCUACAUUACAGACUCCAGACACAGAACAAAUGCAGAUUUCCGACAGGAGCUGAGUGACAUCACUGUUUGUACCAGAGCCAAACUCUGGCUAGCCAUGAGGCAGAACCCAUGCUUGGUGACCAGAGCUGUGUAUAUUGAUAUUCUCUUCCUGCUGACUAACUGUCUGGACAGACCUGAGGAAGGCAAGCAGACAGCACUGGAGAGUCUUGGCUUCUGGGAAGAUGUGAGAAGAAUUAUCUUGGGGUCAGAGCUGAUUACGGGGUUCCCCUGGACCUUCAAGGUGCCAGGCCUUCCCCAGUACCUGCAGAGCCUUACCAAACUAGCCAUCCCUGAAGUGUGGGCAUCGCUGGCUGAAGCUGAAGGGCAGGCGGCUGCUGUUCCUCUUUCCUUCUCUCGGCUUCUGAAGUCUUCCUUUCCUGAAGUGCGCUUGCUAGCCCUGGAUACCCUGCUGGAAAGGGCAACAUCCUCCGAACAGGGACAGACAGGGCCACCGUCCUUGCUCUACAGUAUGGGGGAGGAGUUCCUGCUGCUGGCAAUGAAGGAGAGCCACCCAGGAUGCUUCGGCAGGGUCCUGAAGAUUCUCUAUCACUUGAACCCCAGUGAAUGGCUUCCCCAGACAGAGUGCUAUGUUCACCUCUCCCCAAAGGAGUUCCUGAUCUGGACUAUGGAUAUUGCUUCCAAUGACAGAUCUGAAAUCCAGGGUGUAUCUCUGAAGCUCGCCUCUAAAAUAAUUGCCUACCAUGUGCAGAGUUGUGAGAAGAACAGAGAUUCACUCACCCCUGAGCUAAGGCAGUGGGUCCAGCUGGUCGUCUGGUCCUGUGAAGACCAUCUUCCUACUGCAUCUAGACUGGCUGUUGCUGAAGUCCUCGCAAGCACCGCACCCCUGUUCCUCACUAGUCCCCAGCCAGUUCUCGAGUUGCAGGACACACUUUCUCUCUGGAGGUGUGUUCUUACCCUUCUGCAGAGUGAGGAACAAACCGUCAGAGAGGCAGCCACAGAAAUUGUGACAACAGCCAUGUCACAAGGAAACACUUGCCAGUCAACAGAGUUUGCCUUCUGCCAGGUGGAUGCCUCCAUUGCUCUCACCCUAGCCCUAGCUGUUCUGUGUGACUUGCUCCGGCAGUGGGACCAGCUGGGGCCAGGACUGCCCAUUCUACUGGGAUGGCUACUGGAAGAGGGUGAUGACCUCAAGGGCCUUGUGCAGAGCCCACAUCAGGGGGAAGAAGAGCACAUAUUUGAAAAAUCAGAAGUCAACUUCUGGGCUGAGACUCUGACCUUCGUGAAAUACUUGUGUAGGCAACUCUUCCAUCUCCUCUGUCAAUCUGGCUGGCAGUCCCCUCACUCCCAGAAGCUCUGCGACUUGCAGAGGAUAGCAUCAGAACAGCGUCACCUCAUCUCUCAGCAGUUCAGAGGACUGCCACUCUCUGCUGAAUUUUUGAAGACAGUGGAAUACACAAGGCUACGCGUUCAGGAAGAGAAGACUUUGGCUGUCUUGAGGCUGUUGGCCUGCCUAGAAGGAGAAGGAAAGGAGGUCCUCAGAGCCGAAGACUGUCCUAGGGAAUGGAGGCAAGAAAUGGCCCCAAGACCAGAAGCAGCAUGUUGAAGAAAGAAGGCUGGGGCCCUCAACUCAGGUCUGCAAGACGCAUGGUGGACAUCAAUUGAAACUCUUGUCCUCUGGUGCCUCCCCACUUCUGGGAGUGUAGGCUUCUGUCCCUUCCUACAGAGGAUCUUGUCAUCAGCACACUCAUUCAAGGCAACCCAGUUAAUUGCAGCUACCUAGGAAGUGACACGCUGCUCUUCUGAAUAUUUACUGUCUCCAGGUGCAGGCCACCUGCAGGCCUGACUUAGCCUUUUCCAUCCCAAAGCCAGAGCCUGUUUCCCUGUUACACUGACUCCAUUGAAUUGAAUUUUAGCACACCUUUCUUUCUCUCUCUCUCUCUCUCUCUCUCUCUCUCUCUCUCUCUCUCUUUUGCACACACACAUGCACACGCACAGAGUGGUCUUUUGUUUGGUUUGGUUUUGUCUGGGCUGUGUAUAGAUGCUCGGUUAGUUAGCAAAUACCUGUUUGGACAUAUUUCUAAACUUUUACUCCAUUUUUAGUAAAGGAGAAAUAUGUUCCAAGUGUUUGAUUCUGGGAAAAUGAGAAUCCACAGCAUGCAAAUACUUGUGUUUUAUUAUCUACAUGUCCAAGUCCUUCAGUGGCCCAUAUUAAGAGUCCCUGCUGUCUUCCCCAGAAAUGCCUGCAAAGACAAGGAAACCUGAUUGUCACCCAUCGCUGGCUUCAGCUAUUUGAAGGAGCCUGGGGAAAGGGAAGCCUGAGAAAAUGCUUAAUCCAUUCAGUGCCUCCAUCCUGUGACUGGGGCAAACAGCAAGACCAUUUGUACUUCAGUAAUUCCAUCUAGAAACCUUAAGGCUUUCUGUCACGUCAGGCCCAGCCCAGCUGGCAUGCUCGGACACCAGCAGGUGGCACUCUUGCACACGUUAUGCUGCUGGUCUAGCUCUAUCGCUUUCUUUUUAAAAGACUUCUGUCAGCUCCUGUGCAUGAUAUGAGGCCAGCCGUGCCACAGCAUGAAUGUCUGAGGAAAUCAAGGGACAACUGUAUAGAGUCAGUUCUCCCCUUCCACCUGUACAUGGAUCCAGAGAUCCAACUCAGGCUCCGGCUUGCGUAACAAACCCCUUACCCACUGAGCCACAGCAUCAGGGCCCAGCUUGUCACCAUUAAUGUGUACUUACAGCAUAUGUGACACCCACAAACACUCGCCCUCAAAUCCACGGCUUGUAUUUUUCACUGUAGCUUGCUCCACGUUCCUAGUUAUCCACAAAGACCGUGCCAGCCAUAGUUAGGAACUUAUAGGGCCUAUACAUAUGUUCAGAUGCUUCUCAGCUGAGCAGUCACUUAGAAUUGUGAGGCAAGUGGACUGAAUGUGCAGCUCAGAGAGGCAUUUCAUGUGCUGUUUCCUUUUGCAGAAAAGCUGACAUUUCACAUGUAGUUGGUCUCUGAGAAGAAAACCAUCCCACACCACAAAAACACAGCUAUGCUGGAGUAGAGACCUGCCCAGGAAGAGGGAAGGCAGAAGCAGUGUCCAUCCUGUCCAUAAAGAAGAACAGAAAACCCCCUAGGUGCCCUUACAGACACUCAGCACCCGGUAAUAAUUACCUAGUUAGCUGUCAGUGUGGCCUACCUCGGAUGAAAAAUUGAAAACCUAACAUUUUUUAGUUUGUUUUUGGUUUUGCUUUUAUUUUUCUGAGCUGGGCUUGCUAUUUACACCAGGCUAGCCUCAAACAUGUGUUAAUCCUCCUGCCUCUGCCUCUCAAGUGCCAGGAUUCCAGGCACACACCACUAUACCCAGCAUUACACUAUUUUAAGAUCUAGCUGCUGUGAGGGGCUGGUGGUAUAAUGUGGUGAUAACCUUGGGAGAUUAAUCCUGGUCCGGGCCGACCUUCCCUCCCCCUCCCAUCUAAAAUGAAAUAAAAGCAGUUACAUAACAAUAAAGCUGUCUCACAUUAGCAAGCAUGCUGUACCAAA